AUGGCGUGGCGGCCAUUGCUUAGUUGGAUCAUGUCUUCUUCUUCCUCCUCUUCUUCGUCUUCUUAUUCAUCGUCAGAGUAUGAAUCUGACCAUGACGAUGAUAUUUGUCGUCAUGACCCCGGCAACAACAAUGUCCGGCAAGCACAAAAGGGUCACGAUGUUGAUGAUCAUGAAGACGAUGACGAUGAAAACGACGUUUCAUAUGAACCCCAUGAGGCCGAGGACGAGGACGAAGUGGAGGAACCAAAACCCAGCUCCACCUCCGACUACAGCUUCACAAUAUACGAGCCUCGAGCAAAACGACGGCGUAUUGACAAUGCAAACGAGGCAUUAACGUCCGUCCAAGAGGAAAAGAAGCGGCGGGGUAAGAGGGUUUGGAGUAAGGAGGACGAGCUCGAGCUGUUGCGUGGCUUUCUUGACUACUACAGCACCAGAAAAACCAGAAUUACCAAAGCCACCGCUAAGCAAACGGCGUUGUUUUACGAAGAGAUCAAACCGAGGUUAAAGCUCGAAUGCGGCAAGACAAAAAUGGUGGAAAAGCUGAGAAGACUAAAGAGGAAGUACCACAAUGUCGUGAAGAAAAUGAACGAAAUCAACUCCUCCGGGAAAGAGUUCCGGUUUAAAAACGCACACGACAAUGCGGUUUUCGAGCUUUCGCAUAAGAUUUGGAACGUCGAAAAAACCAGAAAUAAUUGUGUCGUAGAAUCGCAUAACAAUAAUGUCAUGGUGAAGAGGGAGGAGGACAAUGUGGCGGCGAGUAGUAGCGUUGCGGAUCAUGAGAGGCCAACGACGUCGUUUGAUGAGAAUAAUAACGUUACUAAUGUGGAUGAUAACAUGAAUAAUGGUCAUGAUGUGAGAGGGUUGAUAGUAGGGUUGGCUAUGAAUCCAAUGCCUCUGAGUUUGAGAGGUAAAAUGGGAAGUGGCGGCGGCAGCGGAGUCGGAGAAGUGGUGGAGGAUGAGAAGUGGAGGCAGCAGCAGAUUUUGGAGUUGAAGGCUUAUGAAAAGAGGUUGGAUUUGGUGCAGCAUCAGGUUAAGGCAGCUUUGGAGGAAUUGAGGUCCAAGGGAGGAGCUUAG